UAUCGGAAAAGCUUCCGAAGAUCUGUCUGCCAAUUGGAAGCUGGGGCGGGCUAAGGGCAGAGGGCGUACCUAACCCGGGUUUGUCUCGAGCAUGCGCGGUCUCCACAGAAGGUGACGCGAAAGCUAAGGAGGCCGCGAUUGCGUAGGCGCAGGUUCUGAUUGGCCACUACACAAGCGCGAGGGGCCGUGCCUACGCGUCGCCAAGUAAACAGGACAGGCUAGGGGCGGAGCUACGGAGGCGCGGCUCCCUGGUUGGCCAAGCGGGAGGUGGGGGAGUGCCGCGGAUUGGUCACGGCCGCGAGCUCGCUGGUGUGGAGCGCGCCGGGUCCCCGAGCCGGCGGCCUGAGGGAUGGACGAGACGAGCCCGCUAGUGUCCCCCGAGCGGGCCCAACCCCCGGAGUACACCUUCCCGUCGGGCUCCGGAGCUCACUUUCCGCAAGUACCGGGGGGCGCGGUCCGCGUGGCGGCGGCGGCCGGCUCCGGCCCGUCACCGCCGUGCUCGCCCGGCCACGACCGGGAGCGGCAGCCCCUGCUGGACCGGGCCCGGGGCGCGGCGGCGCAGGGCCAGACCCACACGGUGGCGGUGCAGGCCCAGGCCCUGGCCGCCCAAGCGGCCGUGGCGGCGCACGCCGUUCAGACCCACCGCGAGCGGAACGACUUCCCGGAGGACCCCGAGUUCGAGGUGGUGGUGCGGCAGGCCGAGGUUGCCAUCGAGUGCAGCAUCUAUCCCGAGCGCAUCUACCAGGGCUCCAGUGGAAGCUACUUCGUCAAGGACUCUCAGGGGAGAAUCGUUGCUGUCUUCAAACCCAAGAAUGAAGAGCCAUACGGGCACCUUAACCCUAAGUGGACCAAGUGGCUGCAGAAGCUGUGCUGCCCCUGCUGCUUUGGCCGAGACUGCCUUGUUCUCAACCAGGGCUAUCUCUCAGAGGCAGGGGCUAGCCUGGUGGACCAAAAACUGGAACUCAACAUUGUACCACGUACAAAGGUAGUAUACCUGGCCAGUGAAACCUUCAACUACAGUGCCAUUGAUCGAGUAAAGUCCAGGGGCAAGCGGCUUGCACUAGAGAAAGUGCCAAAAGUUGGGCAGCGGUUUAACCGAAUCGGCCUGCCACCAAAGGUCGGGUCAUUCCAGCUCUUCGUUGAAGGCUACAAAGAUGCAGACUAUUGGCUGCGGCGUUUUGAAGCAGAACCUCUCCCUGAGAACACGAACCGACAGCUGCUAUUGCAGUUUGAGCGGUUGGUGGUCCUGGACUACAUCAUCCGCAACACUGACCGAGGCAAUGACAACUGGUUGAUCAAAUAUGACUGUCCGAUGGAUAAUUCUAGCUGUCGGGACACAGAUUGGGUGAUGGUGAGGGAGCCUGUUAUCAAGGUGGCUGCCAUAGACAACGGGCUAGCUUUCCCACUGAAGCAUCCUGACUCCUGGAGGGCAUAUCCUUUUUACUGGGCCUGGCUGCCUCAGGCGAAAGUCCCGUUCUCUCAGGAGAUCAAAGAUUUGAUUCUUCCAAAGAUUUCAGACCCUAACUUCAUCAAGGACUUGGAGGAGGACCUAUAUGAACUCUUCAAGAUCCUAAAUUUGACCCAGGCCCUGAAAGACAAUAAGAGCCCCCUGCACCUCGUCCAGAUGCCACCUGUGAUUGUCGAGACGGCCCGCUCUCACCAGCGGUCUGCAAGCGAAUCCUACACACAGAGCUUUCAGAGUCGGAAGCCCUUCUUUUCAUGGUGGUAGCCCCAGAGGCAGGCAGAAGAAAUCCUGCAGGUGACAGGCUGGGAGGAAGCCUGGAGUCCCAGGUUCGCAGAAGCCAGAGAAGCUGGCGGGCGCACAGCAGAGCCUUUCAGAGCCCUUCCUCUUUGCUUGUCACCUCCCUCAGGGCUUUCCUACCCACAGGGAGAAGCACAAUGGGGGGACAAGAGUGUUCCUGGACCUUCAGAGUGUUGGGGAGGCUCCUGUCCAGGCAAGGAGCUCAGGCGGCUGAGGAGGAGCCACUCCCUCCUAGCAUUUGGUGGCUGGUUGGGAAAGUCCCAUCUCUCCCUGACAACCCUCUCCAUCCAGGUUACCUAAUAUAUUCUGCAUCAGAAACCAACAAAACAAAAACAAAAGAAACAAAUUUAAAUGCUUGUAGGAAAACCUACAUUAGAUCCUCUGACAUCAGAAGCCCUUAAUCUAGAACCUAAAUUUGCUCAGACACAGGCGCUCUGAUACCUAGCACUUGUUUACUCCAUGAACUGAGCGGUCAGAGGUCCAUCGCUGGCCCACGGACAGAAGCCAUUCCUUUCUGGUUUUGCCAAAUUGAGCCUCCUCUUGCCACACUGGUACUGACUUCGUGUGGCAGUGAGCAGGUUCAUGCUCUGCUCCUCUAAGGCUCUGCACACAGGCUUUUUCUCUGCCCUGCUGUAACUUGCCCGGCACUCAUCUGAGGUGGGAGGGGCUAGCCUUGGCAGUGUGCUCUGCCAGGAGUGGUUGUGUGACGCGGAGGUGAUUGACUUGGCCUGGUUGCAUGCUGGGUGCUAGGAGGGUUCUGUGGGAGCCUGGCACAGCCUCACUCCUGGUCCUUAGUUGCGGCCUUCCCUACCUUUCUGUUUGGUAGUCUAGUUUCCCCCAUUUUAAAAUGAGAAGUUCAGUUUGGGUUCUGGAGUGGCUCUCAGUAGGUGUUGUGGGUCAGUAGGUUCAUGGGCAGCCAGGACAGCAUCUCUGUUCUUCAUGUGUUAACUGCUGCUGCCUGGAGAGAACAGGACCGUGUUCUGCCCCCUAACCGGCGUGCCCCUUGGCUCCUGCCUUCCGUCUUGGGAUGGUUUCUUCUCAGCUUCUUGAAGAGAGGCCUUCGGACAGUUCCCCAGUGCCUGCCCAGCUCAGCGUGCAUCUUCCUGCUUCCAUGUCUUCUCCCUUGCCAGGUGUUUGAACCCUUUCUACACCAAAGCAGAGAACUGACUUCAGGAGGGAGUGAAAAGGGGGCCGAGAGGCCGUAGGCAGCGGCAGUGGUCACACCCUGUGCUGUGGACCCUUGAGUGUUCUCACACUCUACAGUUGGUCAGUCAGCCUUGGAAAGAAAUGUCCUGAAGGCGUGAAACAACCAAAGACCUGGAGUGAGGAGCACAACUGUGCCUCAGCUGCUUGCCGGGCUCCCACCGCCUAGAGGCAGGGCUGAAGACAGCCUUCUGUCAGGUGUGGCAGGCUGCUCCCUGCCCAUUCCAACCCAGGAGCCAGCUUGCUAUGGGCUUUCACUCAGCAACAUGAAUCUCCAAGCACUGGAUAUGCAUGCCCAAUGGACAGUCGCUGUUGUUUGCCCCAUCUUGACAAUCCCAUCCAGCCCACGUGGACUCUGGCCUCAGAACCUUGUUUGAGAGAAUCUCUCUCUCUCCUCGCCACAGGAGCCAGCAGGGGUCCAGGUGUGUGCCGGUCUUCACAGAUGUUUCCACACCAGCCGGGUGGCGAGACUUCCCCCUGGAGUGCUGGAGAGAACUUAGUCCUGCCCCAGACCAGGUUUGCCAUCAGGAGGAAAUUGGGUCCAAUGGAAGAGGGGGCCGGUGCCAGGCCCAGUGGGCAAGGGUGCAGGCAGCCUUACCUGCCUCCCUCCCUCGAAGCUUGUACUCAAGUUGCCUUGAAUGUGGACUUGGGAGUGCCAGGAGCCCAGAGUGUCAGGUACUUCAGAACAGCCGCCCCUCUGCCAGCCUUAGGCCUGUCCCCUGUGUCUAGGAGCUGAAGCUGGCUGGUGAGCGCUGCUGCCCUGUUCUUCUAAUGCACUGUAGAAAUUGUAUGUAUUGUAUUUAAAUCAAUGCAAAUGUAUGAAUAACAAAUCCAGUUCUGA